AGGUUUCACACGCUUCCUCUUCCGAAGAAGAACAAAUACAAGGAUAAGAAGAAGACACCCUCGAAGGACGACUCUGAAGGAGUGACAAGAAAGAAGAGUUUUGUUGACAUGACUCGUCGUAAGUUUAACCGUGCUAAGGAGCAGGUUGUCAUUGAGCCACUGCAACGUAAAGCUGGUGUUGAAAAGGAUUUGGACAAGCUACAUGGAUCGGAAAAGUCAGUCAUGGUGGCGCUGAAAUGGUUUUUAGAGGUAAUUCAGAAAGACACAUUGAUCAUGCUUCCUGGAAGCACGACGAAGGUUCUUCAAGAAGUGAUGGAACUUAAUAAAUGUCUGACACAAUGUCUCAAUAAUGAAGAAAGUUCCAUGCUGACAUCAUGCCAUAAUCAGGUCUACCAAAGCCUAGCCAACCUAAUCCAUUGGGCAGAUAAGAUUGUCUUGUAUGGAGACUCGGACAUGAAUAAGGUGGAAGGAAGUGAGGUAACAGAGGCUGUACGUUCAGGAAUUGAGGAACUUGUGAGACUCUACAUUGAAAAACUCAAAGAUAGACAGAAUAAGAUGUCAUCAGAUGACUUGGAAGAAAAUCAACAGAUAAGCAAACCUAAUCAAAAUAAAGAUUAUGAACAGCGACCUCUUAGUCCAAGAGAGCAACAGAUUCUGUAUCAAUCACCCAUCGGUGGUGAGCAAUGGACAUUCGUUGGAUCUAGGAGUAGUGGGUCAGAGGCUGGUUCAGAUUCAGCUCCUCCUAAACCUUUCCUUCCUAGUCAAAGGGUUCUAGUCACGCAUGAUUAUACUCACGGCGUUGAACCCCCACCUUUACCACCUAAGAGAGGAACAAGUUGUCGAACCGAACAGCGCAACUCAUUGUACGACAAUGCAUCAGAUGAUGGAACGUUUCCACCGGACUCUCUCUCUAUAUCGGAUAGUUCUGCAUCAGUCACUAGUCAUCAUUCAGAUUUAAGUAAUGGUAGUUCCUUAAGCCGCCCUGAGUCGAUGUUAAGUAGUCAGUUCUCGUCUCCUAGUAUCCAAGGUGUAGAAUGGGAAGGGCUGAACCCUGAAGGGCUCAACCCUGCGGACAUAUCAAGACUAUCCAUCCUGUCUGGUCGACGGUCCAGCACCGGUUCCUCCGAUCAUAGAGAUCUUGAACAGGUUUCCAAUAGUGGAUCAGAUGGUACCCCGCCAAGCUUGCCAGCUAAACUUCAACCCCGUCCCGAGCGUCAUCUCUCAUUAUAUGAUAACGUACCACCGGAGGAGGCUGAGGAAUUAUCCGAUCGAUGUCAGACUCUUCAAGAUGUUGUGUUUCGCCAUGAGAUGUCACAAGAUGGCUAUGAUGAGGCAUUGCAUUGUGGGGAUAAUCCUCCACCACUACCGCCAAAGAUCAAGCAUAUUACCACUUACUUGGACCUUCUUGGUGCGUACUCUGAAGACCAGUUUGAAAUGACAUACUAUGAACACAAUGGGCAGGAAAAUGAUGAUGGUUUAAUAUUAGAGAUGUAUCCAAAUGAAGGAUCCUUACCGUACAUACAAGGACGGGAAGAAUUCUUUCAUGAAACUUAUUCGACUGGUAACGGAACGAUAAAUGGUAGACGUCCAGUAUCUGGAGCUAGCUACAUUGAGAUUGAUGAUAGAUCAGAGAGCUCUACAGAGGGGAGUACGGCUGCAGUACCACCAGCACUACCGAUUAAGAGAAGAAGUUCUUCAUCUGUUUCACCUCCACCAAGAACGAGACACAACACCAACCCGGAGCGGUGUACGAUGCCACUGUAUAUCUUGAAGAAGAAAUCUGAGAGUAUGAUUGAAAGUGGAAAUGAUCAAACUAUUGAAAGCAUUGAUCACUUGGCUUGCGCUGGUCGUAAAGCAACUAAAGAUGGAGAACAUAAAGAUGAGAAUGAGGACGGGGAUGACUUAGGAUUAUUAGCUCUCCUAGAUGCAUCAACUCUUCUUAGCUACAGUACUGUGGAUGGUAAAAGUCAAAUCAAAGGAGGUCCAAUGGAUGCUUUGAUUGUGUAUGCAGCUGAUGCAGAUAGAAAAGAUUUGGUUUACUACGAAGCCUUUCUGACGUCUUAUAGAAUGUUCAUCGGAUCCAAUGUUCUUCUGGAUAAACUUCUCAGUAGAUAUAAGAAGUUUCGUCAUAAGACAGACAUGAAGUCUAAGAGAGCCAACAGGAAUGCCUUCUUCCUGCUUCUCAGGGUCGCUGGGGAAUUGCUAGGUCAAGUUGAAGAUGACAUCCUAAAGAUGUUGAUGGAUCUUGUCUUUCAACUCCUUUGUGACGGAGAGCUCAUGCUUGCUAAGAUUCUUCGAGAUAAAGUACUGACCAAGAUUGAGAAUAAUAAACUGGCUCUUCAGCUGAGUAACAAACUACCGUUGUCUGGACUUGGUGUCUCUGUCAUGAAAGCAACAUUGUUAGAUUUCAGCAGUCAGGAAAUCGCUGAGCAGAUGACGAUUCUUGACGCAGAGUUAUUCCAGAAGAUUGAGAUACCCGAGGUUCUCUUAUGGGCCAAGGAACAAUCAGAAGAACUUAGUCCAAAUCUCACCAUCUUCACGGAACACUUCAAUAAGAUGUCUUUCUGGGCAAGAUCUUUGAUACUUCAAGAGAAUAGACCGCAAGACCGAGAGAAACUUGUAACAAAGUUCAUCAAAACUAUGAAGUAUCUGAGGAAGUUGAAUAAUUUCAACUCGUAUUUGGCCAUCCUCUCAGCUUUGGACUCUGCACCAAUAAGAAGAUUAGAAUGGCAAAAACAAACUGUAGAGGGAUUGAAGGAGUAUUGUCAACUGAUUGACAGCUCUUCAUCGUUCAGAACAUACAGAGCAGCAUUAGCAGAAGCUGAACCUCCUUGUAUUCCAUACCUGGGUCUAAUUCUGCAAGACAUAACCUUUGUACACAUCGGUAAUCCAGAUCAUCUCCCAGACACUGAUCAUAUAAACUUCACCAAAUGCUGGCAAUUCUUUAAUAUUCUGGAUAGUAUGAGAAGGUUCAAGCAGCACCACUACGACACCCUCAGAAAGACGCCCAAAGUCUUGUCAUUCUUCAACGACUUCAAUGAUUUUCUAGAUGAGGAAUCGAUGUGGCAACUUUCAAAGACAAUUAAACCUCAAAGCAGUGGACGACCAAAGACAACAUCAUGAUGACAUCACAUCAUGCGCUGCAUCUCUAUUGAGAUAAAACACAUGAGUGUUAUCAAUGUUGAGGUAUGUACACGUACAGGGUCCCGGCUGAGCUGUUUGUGUUUCUUCGUUACGCUGCAAAGGAUGAAAGUGUUGUCUUUGUUAAAUAAUAAAAACAUUGUGAGCGGCUAAUUACAGGGUAAACUCAAAGAAUGGUAAUCUCUAAAACUGCUGCACGAGAGACGCAAUCUUAGGAUAAGCUUCCUGGCGCACCCUGCCACGCCCUGCCACACCCCAUCAGAGUAGACCCAAAGACCUAUCAAUCAUGUCCUACUACCUUCAUGUUACUCUCCAGUGGUAUCUACAUACUAGGAUGCUGGUCUACUGUUGUGAUUGACACUACUUGUACAACAAGAGAGUGUAUGGAGAAAGACAUUGAAAUUAAUGCUUACUUAUUGGCCAGUAUUAGUUCACCGUUACGUUUAUUAAUAUUGUUCAACUCGCUGAAUGUAAAUAUAUAAAUAUAUGUUAUCCUUCAAUUAAAGUCAAAUUAAUUAUAUAUGAAUUGUAUAAAUCCACUGCAGGUCAUUGGAAAUGUCGAUAUGAAGAAGUAGUCUAACUGAUAAAAUGUAAAUCAAUUGUACUAUUUUAUUGAUGGUAAAGUACUGUAUAUUAUCAAUGUGUUCUGAGUGUCUGACUAAUCUAGGUUAAGAUGGAUGGAAAGAAUGAACUUUGACUAGUGGAAUUAGAAGGGAAAUUGGACAAGAGACAAGGCAAGAGAUUUUUGUAUAUUAUUAUAGCAUAUUGUUGAUAAUAAACUGCAAAUUGGUGUCUUAAAGGCACUGGACACUAUUGGUUAUUACUCAAAAUAAUUGUUUGCAUAAAAGGUGUCCAGUGUCUUUAAUGUUGUUUUGAUAAUGCCUACAAUGGCUUUAUGGCUGAAUCUAUAAUGUUUUUAUCAACAGUGCCGGAGUGUUUAAUUUAUUAUGCAAAUGUGUACAUCAUGCAAGACGUUAAAACAAAUGUAAAGUCAUGCUGUGAACUGUUUGUGAUACUUUGGAGAAUUGUGACUAUGCAUAUGUAGAAAUAUCAGAGGCUUUUAAUCGUUCAACCAAAUGCAAACUCUAUAGAAUAGGAAUAAUAUCUCAAGAUAGUUUCGCUGCCGUUGUCUUUAAAUGAUUCUAGUUAAAUAUAAUUGUUACAAAUUGAUCACAGACAAAACUCAUGGUGUUUCAGAGUCGCUACUGAUUGUGAAAAAGAAAAACGGAAAUGAAUUGCCUAUUCAACGGGGCGGACUUCAUUUGAGUCAUGGAUUUGCGUAGUAACUGGUAGUUUUCAAUUUAUAAUCUUGUCAAGAACAAGCCUGAAUAUUGAUGGAUUGCACAUGACGUCAUCGACCACCAUCUUUGUAAGACAUUGGGAAAAGUGCACGCGUGAACGCACUGCGCACACCUAUCAGCCAAUGAUAACCUUUCACACGCGCAAGUUUCAUCAAGAUGGCGGCCGAUGCAAAAAGGGUCAAUUAACAAGAAUCAAAAGGAUCCUGAAAAUGUACCAGGACUUUCUAAACAGAAGACCUUCAAAGAAAGUAGGCUUGUUACAUGUACUCAAUAUUGAAACUCCAUAUUUGAGAAAGUAGUCAAAGCAAAAGACCAAAAAGCGCAAGAUAUCAUAAAUAUCAUUUUAAAAAGCAAAGUAUAUCGGCAAAGAGAAUGAAAAUAUGUAUUGUCUGGUAUACUAUUCACAAGCAAUGUGUAAAAUGAGCUCAUCAUCACAUCACAAAGAGAUAGGCAUGCUUGACUUGUAAAAGUGUUAAUUAAUCAAUAGUUUUGUUUUGUUUUAAUAUUGUUGAUAAGGUUACCUUUUAGAAGAAACACGUUGGGGCAUUUAAACGGCAGAAGUAGGUUUUGAUACUUCUGAGCGUUCAGUUUUAAAUUUAACACGAUUUUAUUUGCAUAUAAUCUUGAAAUGGUCUUUUAACACAUUUUUACAUGCCCGUCCUAAUGUUGGGAAUUGUUUGAUUUUAUUGGAGAGUAAAUAAUAUGCAUUCAGAUAUGGCUGAAUCUGCUGAAAACUUUCACUGACGGAUUCAGCAAAGAACCUAUUAAUUAUUAUUGGGCCGAUUUCACAAAGAUCUAAGAUUGAUCGUAACUGCAAAUCAAUCGUAGUUGCCGAGUAGAGUGUGAUGACACAAUACAAAUCACUAUGGUGAUACUGACAAUUUGUCUCGUAAUAAAUGUAUUGGGCAAGUAACACCCGUUUCAGAUAGGCGCUGCAGAGUCGCGCCGAACCAAAUUCUGAAAUAAGUACAUGAAAAGUUCGACGUCUGAAACAGUUCUGAGCGACUGGAUGAGCUAGAAGCCAAAAGAUCGACUGUUGCAGUCGUUCAGAACGACUCUGGAGCGCCUUGGUUUCAGUUGUCGAACUUGUCAUGAGCCGAGCCAAUGUAAAUGUUAUCGCGCCUGUCUGUCAAUUGAAAUGGUUUGUUGUUUACUUUCAAAACAACUUCUGAAGUAUAACCACAUGUUCAUUACAAUUUUGUUCAUUUUAGUGAUAUCAGACUGCAGUUCUCUUUUCAUAUAAUAUAUAUAUAUAUAGAUGUUAUAUCAACACUUAUAGAUGAAGUUCUCACUUUGACUUUGAAUAAUUUCUAUGCACUGAUUUGUAAAGUCCAAGCAAUAUGUUGUUUUUAAUGUACAAUGUAAAUUUUGUUCAUACUUUUACUCUCAAAGGUUUUGACUUUCAAAAUGAAAAUGGUUAAUAUUUUUUAUUUUACUGUGCACUUUAUCAGAGGUGAGAGCCACUCCUGACAAAACAAUCCGAAACUGGGAUCCAGAUCUUAAGAGCCAACUUGAAACGACGGCAUUUCAAUCUUUUGAUAACCCCUGGGCCAAAUUUCAUAGAACUGCUAAGCACACAAAUUUGCUUAGCAUGACAUUUCAAACAGGAUUACUAACCAAAUUUCCGUUUGUUGCUUACUGCUUGUUGCUUAUAUUCAGCUGUCGUUUGCUUAUCCUGAAAGUCACGUAAAUUUGGUUGGUACAUGUAAUGCUGUUUUUAUCAAAGAAGAAAUUUCAUGCUAAGCAAAUUUGUGUGCUUAGCUCUAUGAAAUAUGGCCAUGAAGUAAUGGACUCAAAGAAUCUUUUUUUUUUACCAGUUUCCUCAUUGCUAGUAAAGUAAAGUAAAGUAGAGAUUUACCAGUAGAGAUUUGGGUAGGAGUCUGAAAUUACCCAUCCCUGCCAUAUGAAGUGUGAACUGGUUUUUAGUUUUUAAAAGAUGGGGAAACUGUUGAAAAUUUAUAAAAUGUCCCUGUUUUACAGAAGGUUUUUUUCCUGCCGUGUUUAUAAAGGUAUACAUUGAAAUAAGACACACAUUAGUCAUUUGAACUUAUUUUUGUUUUUUAAACUUAUUUUAUAGAAUCUGUUUUUUUUUUACUGAAGUUUAGUUUGUAUGUUUGGAAAACUAGUAUACAUGUACAUAUUUACAUAGCAAUUGUAGACGUUUUAAUUGCCGCAUAUGCCAUACUGGCACUGUACAGCCUAUGAUAACAAAAACAAAGCACUUAUUGAACUAUAUUAAACUUGAUGGAAAACAAAAGCUUGACGCAGAAAAAACCAAGUGUUUUGACAAUUUAUUUGAACUUGAAUCUGCAUGCUGUGAAGAUACCUCUAUAGCCAUGGUUUGUUGAAUGUAUUCAAAUGGAUAAUUGACA